CGUGGUCAGCUGACAGUGACGCGCCCGGGGAAACUCUCCCUGUUCCUGAAACAGCGGGGCGGUUUGUUAUUAUUGUUUCCCCUGCUUUUUGUUGCCCGGCUGCUUUGGGUGGGCUGGCGCCGCCUUCCGCCUCCUGGACCUGCAGCGGUGAAAGGAUCCGAGCGGGUGGCUGGAGCUUUGGGGCAAAAGCAAGGCGGGCUUGGUUGGCUGCCCAUCGAGGGCGCCUGGGAUCUCCCCAGCCGAGCAACUCCAUCCUCGGGAGAACAACGGCGGGGGCGGCGCCCUGCCUGCCUGCCUGCCUGCCAUCCAUCCUGCCUCCCUCUCGCCCUUCCUUCCCUCCGGCGGGACUGCCCUCCAAGCUCUCCGGAUCAUCCUCCAGGCUCGAUCGCCUCCAUCUCCUCGCUUUUGCUCGAGACGGAUCGGCGCCUUUCUUGUGACCGAUUAGCGCCUAAUCCCAGUCGCUAGCCCCAGUUCAUGGAUUAUCUGAAAAUGUCUGAAUGUAUCCAGCUUUCAUUUGCUGUUUGUAGAAUUGGCAUUUACACGUGUUUUCGAGCACUUUGCUGCAAAGGACCUCCGCCGCCACGGCCAGAGUAUGACUUGGUUUGCAUAGGUCUCACUGGCUCUGGCAAGACUAGUUUACUAUCACAACUCUGCAGUGAAAACAGAGAGAAUAUAGUGUCAACAACAGGUUUUAGCAUAAAAGCAGUGCCAUUCCAGAAUGCCAUCUUGAAUGUAAAAGAGCUUGGAGGGGCUGACAAUAUCAGGAAGUACUGGAGCCGUUACUACCAAGGGUCUCAAGGUGUCAUCUUUGUAUUAGACAGUGCCUCUUCAGAAGAUGAUUUAGAAAUUGCUAGAAACGAACUGCACUCUGCUCUUCAGCAUCCACAGUUAUGCACUUUGCCAUUUUUAAUAUUGGCCAAUCACCAAGACAAGCCAGCAGCCCGUUCAGUACAAGAGAUAAAAAAAUAUUUGGAACUUGAACCACUUGCACGAGGAAAGCGCUGGAUACUUAAGCCUUGUUCAUUGGACAACAUGGAAGCCGUAAAAGACAGCUUCGGCCUACUGAUAAAUUUACUAGAAGACAGUGAGCUCGAACCUUCAAGAAUCUGAAAAAAAACUAGAAUGGUUCUCAGAUAGCAUUGUACCUGUUUGUUUGGCUCACUGCUGGAAAAUGAUUUGAUAUAAGGAAGAUUAUGUUAGAGCUUGCAAUAAAUAUAUUUUUGCAUUUGGUUUGGAAAGGCUGUUUAUACAUUCUGUGAAUCAGGUAUGUGAUUCUUUUCAGUAAAGUUGUCUAUGCUACUAAAAGAGGAGUUCAACUUGUCCAGAAAGAGAUGUGCUCGUUGUAUGCCAUUUCCCUUCAUUGUUAUCAGAAGAACUGUAAUAUGGAAUUUGGUUGCAUGUAUAAAACAUAAAACCAGCUAUAAAUGGACACCAAAAGCUAUGGUGAAAUUAUAUUCACUGAGAACCAGUUUAAGUCUUGAAACCAAGGAAUGAAUUCCUAAUUCAAAGACUAAUUCAGAAGCCUUAUUAAGUGCAGACACCUUUAACACUUAAUUUGAUGAGGUGGAGGCUAAACUUCAGUAAAAUUAUGGAGUGAAAACAAGACACAGGUUUAAGAAAUCACUGGAUGUAUUCUACAUAACUAGUAUUAUGCUAGAACUCCUAGGCCACAGACUUCUUUUUUUAAAAAAAUUCAUCGUUGUUGAAUUGAAUUGAAAUAGUGUAUCUGUGUUUCUUAACUACCCCUAUUUUCAGGGGCUCAGAUUUGUUUCGAACAUUUAGUAGUUUUUAUUAGGAUUUUUUUUGUUAUGGUUGUUGUAUGUGCCAGCACUCCGUUUAGUUCAAAGAAAUAUAUCCCUUUCCCAGCAUUACUCCAUGUUGAAGUUCACAGGUUGCUUCAGAUUCAAAAAAGUUUGGUUGUUGGAACACUGGCCACAAUAUAGCAAUGGAUCAUUAUCCAUAAAUUGAACAUGUACCUUGGAUGUUAUAUUUAUCUACCAAAUAGAGGGUGAAAGUAUCCUAUGGUAGAAAAUUAUGCCAUCGGUGAUGCCAAUUGCCUUUGAGUUUGUUUUUGGGUAGGGGUUGGUAGGUCUGGGUUUGUUUUUAUUUUCAAAGAUAAAUGCUGAUUAUCUUUCACUUGUAAAUAUAUGAUGUUUUUUUAAACAAAAUAAUAAUAAUUUUAUAAUUUACUAUGGGAUUACUUUGAAUACUGGGAUGUAAAGAUUAUCAAAUAAUUCUCAGCAUAUAAUGCACCUUGAUUUGUGAACCUCUCAUUUAAAUGGGAAAAUCUCCCAUCUUACAUUUAAAUUCCUUGUGAAUAAUGCCACUUGAUAGACUUGUAGCAGUGAAGCUAAAAAUUUUUAAGCAUGGCUGUAGAGGGAAGGAGCUAGAAAUGACCCAAAGGACCAAAAUGUCCCCAAGUAAUGGUUGGUUUUGCCAUCACUUUUAACCUAUAUCCAUCCUGAAAUGCCCCUUCUAUAGACUGGAGUUUUGAAUUUUAAAAAUAGUUAUGUUCCCAAGGCAUUUUUGUUAAUCUCCGGUGACCUAAUUUCAUCUAAAGAAACUAAGGUCAACUUAGGUGGGCUAUGAUUAUUUUUUGCUGACACGAAUGGUUUCCAGAUUAUUUUUGGCACAGAAAGAUUAAAGGAUGCUAGGUGCAGUAGAAAAUAUCAAAUAGCUUUAAACUGGUUUGCCAUCUUUAAUGGAGAACUAGGCAUAUAAGAAAAUAACAGAUAGCUUUUAACUGGUGUGUCAUCUCUAAUGGAGGACUGGGUAUAUAGGAAAAUAAAAAGGGCCCAUUGUCAUGACUUCAGAAGGAUGUCUUCCCCAAUAUAUGUGAUUUAAAAGGUGUUACCCAAUAUUUCUGUGUGAAAUGUGCGGAAAUGGAACCUAACUAGAACGGGUUGUGAUUUUAUAUAGUCUUACUUUGGAGUAAACACAAUUCAGCUUGGUGGAGCUUCCUUAUUAUUCAACUAACAUGUAGAAUUGUGUUGAAACUUGCGCAGGAAUCGGACAUUUAUAGUAAUAAUACCUCAGAUCUGCUAAAGUACUCACAAGCCUUCUCAUUUUUAUUGUUCUUUUGGUAGGUCUGUGCUAUAACUGGAUUUCAACAUAUCAGUAAAGUUUUUGUAUCUUUGAAAACUUCUUUUUUUAAAAAAAAAAAAGUUAAUGCCACAUGUUCUGUUUAGAGUGUUCUUGAUUGUGCAUUUAUUCUGUGAGCAGCAAUACAGUUCUUAUCCCACUCUGUAAGUUGUUUUUCUUUGCAUCUCGCCUUGCCCUUUCAUUAUACUGAAGAAAUAAAUCCCAUUGAUGAAAAUUACUAUCGAUGGGAAUUAAUUACAUAGUGAAUUUUGCAAUUAAAAAAUCACUAAGAAGCUUGUUGGGACAUAAAAUUCUAACAAGACAUCUGUUAAAUUACUUUCCGGGUGUGUUUGUGUGUGAAUAUGUGCCCACAUUGGGCUUUUUCUCAGACCCGUGACUGUCUGCAGUACUUUGGCAGGAAGAAUAAAAACAUUAUCAAUCAGUAUCCAACAGCAGCUGUUUUGACAGAUUUCUGUCAGACAUCUAAUGCUUUACAACUGUCAGUGGCUCCUUUUGUCUACCGGCUCUCAGAUAUUCAUUGUGUUGCUUCCAUCCUGUGCCAAUAUCUUUUUUGAACAUUAAAGAAGUGUUCAGUACUUUUCUCUUUCUUCCCACUCUUCUCAGUUAUUACUCACCACAUAGUGCAGCUCGCAUGUUCAAAUAUUGUAAACAGAAAUAUGUAUUGUCUUAUUAAGCUUCUUGCUUUUCAUUAUUUAUAGAAGUUAACCGAUUUUGUACUUUUCUCACUAGCACAGUUGCCACCCUCCCCAGUUUUUGCAAUGGCAAUUAAUAUUGCUAAGGUUUGUAUUAAUGAUAAUCAAUAGCUAACCCACCAUACUUCUCUGACUUUCUACUAAAAGUACAUUGAGACUGAUUUGACAAAUUCUUGCAGGCAACUCCUCUGAGAACUGUUUGUAUAGUUGACGUUGACCCAAGUAGAAAUAAAUGCUAAAUAGAACACUUUAGUAUGAAUGUUUUCAUCAGUAUGUAUUCACAUUUAGGGUUUUCUUAAUUUAUUCAUUUCUUCAUCAUUACUCAUUGAUUACAAUCUCCUCUAUUCGCCCCAUUGAAAUGCCUAAAUUAUUUGUGAAAAUUUUAACCACGCAUUUCAGUACAAUCUUCAUGGCCUUUAUUGAAGUUAUCCUCAAUAAAGGUAAUGUAACAAUAAAGUCUGGUGUAAACAUUUUUCCCAGCAAAGAAAA